CGCAGCGUAGUUACGCUUACCUCGCAAUUCUCAGACCAUUCAGAAAGUUGGCUAGACAAAUUCUCAAGAGCAGCCAACAAAACAUUUCAGUGUCGUUGGAUUACAUUGAAAAUCUCUUGGAUAACAUGCAAUCUACAGUUUUUACCAUCUUGUUUGUCAAAGUAUGUUUAACUUUACAUGGAAUUACAGCAGUGUUAGCCGAACUUCCAAGUCCCAGUAACAUCAGGAUUAACUCUGUCAACAUGGGACUAGUGUUGGAGUGGGAUGCACCUCAGAACCACACAGAAAACAUAACCUACAGCGCAGAGUACAGGGGCUUGGUCAGCAGCUUUGAGGUUGUAUGUUGGAACACAACAGCCCAAAGCUGCGACUUCACCAGUCAUCUAAACAAAUUUGGAGUGUACAUUUUCCAAGUGAGGGCAGAACGAGAGGGGGACACAUCUCGCUGGAUGAAGACUGAGUGGUUUGUCAUGGAUGAACACACCACGCUAGGCCCUCCCGGUGUGACUCUUGUCUCCAGUGGUGCUGUCAUUGAAGUGAGCAUCAACGACCCAGUGCUCAGGAUCUCUGAGUUCAAAGACGUAUACAACCACGCAAACUUUAACAUCACCUACUGGAAAGAGGGUCAGGAGGAGAAGGACAAAAAUACGAAAUGCACCCCACUUCGUAAAGUGGUCUUGGCGCUGGAGCCAUGGACCAGGUACUGUGUUCAGGUCUGGGUGUACACCCAGAGGUUCUCCAAACACAGCCAGCCCAGCAAUGUUACAUGUGAGAGCACCACGAAGGGCAAUGACAGGCCUUGGGUGGCAGCGCUGGUGACGUUUGUGGUGAUGGCUGUGGCAGUGGCCCUGCUGGCCCUGGCCUUCUGGUACUGCUACAGGGUGGUCCGCUUCCUCAGACCCAAGGCCAAGCUGCCUGAACAUUUCACAGAGUAGCUGUUGGAUCCCCCAUGCUCCUCCAUCCUGGCCAUACAGAGCAGCCCCCAGCCUGAGGAGGUGUACCAUGAGCUCCGCGUCAUGCCAGGUGGGGCAUAGACAAAGGAGAGCUCUAUCUGUUGGUCGGAAGAACGUAAUACACACAGACUGGGAGAAAACACACAGACCGUCUGGCUGUGUUCGAGAGUAUCAAAACUGUGAAUUGAGACUGACUGACAGAUCUACAUAUAAUAUUGAAAAGUUAUUUACGUUGCAAGGUGAUUUGUUGAUCAGUCAUUCUCGACUCGCCUUUAAAGUCGGCUGCAAUGUUGAACACGCCCAAAGUGGGUGGGGAAGAUAUGGGUCAAAAAUAGGAAGUGAGUAGUCCGAUGUGAAGUAAGAAAAGAGAACAAGGACUGAAAUAGAUGGCAGAAAAGAGGACGUGUAUCUUAUUGAGAAUUGAGAAAUAAUAUUCUGACAUCUGGGAUUUAGUGAUUUUUAUUCAUGUUGAUGAAAUGCUAAGAGAGCUACUUACUGUGAUGUGUUUAUUUAUGUGACCUUUAUGUGUAUGAUAAUGAUCAAUAUUGCCUAUCAUUCAUUAUGGCCAUGCAUGGUAAGCCUACACUGGCAUUUUUUGGGGAAUCAUGGCUAUAGGGCAACGGAAUGGUUCAACCACUGUCAUCAGAGAGACUUACAACACAGUCCAAAUGGCACAACACCAGGAAGGGAGUAUUACAUGGUCUGUGUUUAUGCCUUGAUGCACUCUGUGUUGGUUCCUAUAUGUCUCUGUGUGACUGUGUUGGUUCCUAUAUGUCUCUGUGUGACUGUGUUUGUGCCUAUAUGUCUCUGUGUGACUCUGUGCUUGUUCCUAAAUGUCUCUUUGUGACUCUGUGUUUGUGAAGGAUAUUAAAGGACCAAUGCAGCCAUUUUUAUUUAAAUAUCAAAUCAUUUAUGAGUAACAAUUGAGAGUAAGGUACUUCAAUUAAAAUAGUUAAAUGGAAACAAAUAGCUUUUUAUCAAAUAGCAACUUCUUAAUCAAGACAUUUGCUAGGACUGUCUGGGAGUGCUUUAGGCAAAAACAGAAAAUGAACUGUUAUUGGCAGAGAGGUUUGGAACUCUUUCUUAUUGGUCUAUUAACUAAUUUACCACAUGGUGAUGUUACCAUGGAAGGCCAAAACUCCAUCCUACAUAAAAAGGCUGAAAUUUGAGACGGUCUUUUCAAACAGCUCUUAUACUUAAAGGACAUUAAUAUAAUUUUCAUAUUUUCACAGUAUUAUUCCAAGCUCAUAGUGUGGAAAUUUAAAACACAGGUAACUCACGUUUUUGACUGCAUUGGCCCUUUAACAGUUGAAGGUACUCUAUUAGCACUUGGAAGAUGUCGUUUGACAUUUGAAGUCAUGUUUUAUAGACUUUUUACCAUUUUAUAUUGUGGGAGACCACACACACAAACAAGUAAAAAAUGUGCCCAACAGUUAAAAAUGACUUGCCAAGGGAAUAAAUAUAUAUUUUUAAAUGCUCAUAAAUGUUUGGUGUUGUCACUGGUCAUUAUCAAUGCAUGUUUACUUAAAGUUGAAAUAUACUGAACACAAAUAUAAACACAACAUGCAACAAUUUAAA